AUGCUCAAAACCGAAAAGAUGUGGUCGAAUGCCAAAUUCCCGCUGAGAACCAUCAAGAUGAGAAAUACUCUGACAGAAGCUUUAGAAAGGAAAGAUGAAAGAAGUAUGGUAAAAGCACUUCCUGAGAACACGAAGUUCGGGUGCUACAUGAAGGAUUGGGGACUCCUGAUGAAAAUGGUCUGCCUUUACAAGAAGAGCGAUUGA